CCACGAAGUGUUCUUCCACUUGAAGUCUUUGCAUCUCAACAACUUCGAGUCUCACCCAAGCUCACAAAAGUAUCUGUAAUGGCAUCCUUACUGAGACUGUACAACGCUGCACUAAUUCGCCGUCCUAUGCUUACCCAGAGUGCGACUGCAGCUUUCUUAUUCGGAGCUGGGGACGUGAUUGCUCAGCAAGCAAUUGAAGGCCAAGGCAAAAACCAUGAUUUCGCGCGUACUGCGAGAUUAACUCUAUACGGAGGAGUCGCCUUUGGGCCCGCCCUGACCAAGUGGUACCAAAUGCUGAAUCGCAUCAAGUUUUCAAGUCCCACGAAAGCGGUUAUUUAUCGUGUCUGGCUUGAUCAAGCUGUUCUGACACCUGUUGCCGUCGGAUUCUUCUUCGGCUCCAUGAGCAUUAUGGAAGGAAAAGGUAUUGCGGGCGCACAAGAACGAAUCACUUCUGCUUACACACCAACGCUCAUCCGUAACUGGACGGUCUUCAUACCAACGCAAAUUAUCAAUUUCGCCAUCGUGCCUCAUCAUUUACGUUUCGUAGUAGUCAGCGUUGUCAGCUUGUUCUGGAACACAUACCUUAGCGCUGUCAAUGCUCAGCAGCAAAAGAUCGCCGACGUGGCCCACUUUGAAACUCCUGCAGAGUCGGAGAAAACAGAAUAGAUACGCUCUCAUCAAGAACACCUAGAUUAUUAUAAAGCAGCCCUAUUGGAUACCUAACACAUGUAGAUACCAUUUUGAACAAGCCAUUUGCAAAACUCGUUAUGGAGGCUGUGGGGCGUUGCAUUACUCAAACCCGUGACAGGCUUGGGUGAUUGAGUGUGGAAGGGCCCCCCUGAUGCGAAGUAGGAAGAGCCUCUUCCUUAGCAGGGUGUUAGUCUUGGUACUGUCACUCGCUCACUAUCUGCCACCGUCUACAGUAGCAUUUGGACGGAAGUCCGGUAUUUUGAUAUACUGAUAUAUAUUAUUUUGCAAUG